GAGGAAACUGAGAGAACCUUCAGGAAAAUACCGAGUAUGUAAGGCUGUGCUUUGGCUCACAUAUCGGUGCCAACGAGAGAAAAAACAGAGGAGAGUCACGCAGGUUAAUAAGGAAUAAGGACGGGGCAGCACAGCUCAGUGAGUUAGGGACUCCCGUUUCGCUAUCAACACAGUGAAACCCAGGACAGAAAAUCAUCCCUGGCUGAUUUUCCAUGACCCAGUGGGCGGAGUGCUGUGGCUGCAUGUAGCGGUAGCUACAACACGGUCCCCCAUCAACACCGCUACCUGCUCCUCUUUCUCUCCGGUUUAUGGUCAAGGAACCACCGUUUUACCAUAAUGGGUGUAGAAGUGGAAACAAUAUCUCCGGGAGAUGGAAGAACCUUUCCAAAGAAGGGGCAGACAUGCGUAGUGCAUUACAUAGGAAUGCUGCAGAACGGAAAGAAGUUUGACUCCUCACGAGACAGAAACAAGCCCUUCAAAUUCAAGAUCGGACGACAGGAAGUCAUCAAAGGCUGGGAGGAAGGAGUCGCACAGAUGAGCCUGGGCCAGCGGGCGAAAAUCACCUGCACUCCAGAUAUGGCAUACGGAGCCACAGGCCACCCUGGGGUCAUCCCCCCUAAUGCCACGCUCAUAUUUGAUGUGGAGCUGCUAAAGCUGGAGUGAGCUUAAGAAGAGGAGGAAACUCUAGCCCCUGCCCCACCAAGGAAACCCUUCCCACAAAUUUAGCCUCUUGAACUAGACAGUCAACAUAUCUUCUGCUUCAUUGCCAACCUAUGUUAUAUAUGCCAUCUAGCUCUUUUAAAACAUUUUAAACGCCUCAGCCCUAGUUUGAUCAUGAGCAAUGUUCUGUUCUCAUAUUAGGUUCUGUUUCCUUUGAAAAUGACAUAGAAGCAUCAAAUCAACGUCACCACAGCACACACAUUUGGAUUUAAACCACUGCCUUACUGUUUUUGAAGUGGAGGUAGGGUGUUAUGUACAUGACAAUUCUGUAUUUUGAGGGGCAUUAACAACCACUGUCUGCAUUGCCACUUUUGAUAAAAAUGAAUAUGUCCUGCUGAACGCAUAUGAAACAAUAAUAAUGUUGCUGUACUUAGUGUAUUUUAUAUGUAUCCCUUAUUAAACAUUUGCUGCAAGUAUCAUAGGAGUUCACAAACCUUUUGCCUAUGCCUGGAACAAACUGAAAACUGUACCAUGGAGUGCUUUGGCUUCUAUGAACAUUUUAUCAACUCUUAAUAAAUAUAAUAAUAUUUGGA